AUGGAUACCGCCACAAGCACAGGAGCGAAGCUCGAUGCCGACCUGCGUCGCAGAAACGUUCCUGAUUCUGGAAAGCCUCAACCUCCCACCUUCAGCGUCGAUCACGAUGCCAGAAAGACGAAGCCGGGCCAGUCCCCCUCUUUCCUACACGUUCUUGCGAGCUGGGAGCCAAUCAUUGCCCCCAUCGUUCUAACCGCCCUCGCCCUCUUCACUCGUCUCUAUCGUAUCGGGCGUUCGAACAUUGUGACCUGGGAUGAAGCCCAUUUCGGAAAGUUCGGCUCCCACUACUUGAAGCGCGAGUUCUAUUUCGAUGUUCACCCUCCCCUCGGAAAGAUGCUGGUUGGCCUCUCUGGCUAUCUGGCCGGCUACAAUGGAUCCUUCGAGUUCAAGUCCGGUGAACAGUAUCCGGAAGAUGUAGACUAUACCUUCAUGCGCGCUUUCAAUGCCCUAUUUGGCGCCGUUUGUGUUCCUCUCGCCUACUAUACCGCCCGCGACUUGAACUUCCGCCGGGCUACAGUCUGGUUGAUCAGUUUGAUGGUUUUAUUUGAAAACUCCUACGCAACUAUUUCUCGCUUCAUUCUUUUGGAUUCCAUGCUUCUCUGCUUCACCUUCACAACGAUGAUGUGCUGGGCCCGAUUCCACCGUCUGCAACAUGCCAGUUUCUCCCUGGAGUGGUUUGUCUGGCUCUUUCUGACUGGACUCAGCAUUGGAUGUGUUUGCAGCGUGAAAUGGGUUGGUUUCUUUGCCACUGCCGUUGUUGGUCUCUAUACAGCGGAGGACCUGUGGAAUAAAUUCGGGGAUGCGAAGAUGCCGCCAACUGUGCUCGCAAAGCACCUUUUCGCCCGUGUGGGAGGUUUGAUUGUCAUUCCUCUCUUGGUGUAUAUGUUCUCCUUCUAUCUGCACUUCCUUGUCUUGUCCAACAGUGGACCUGGAGAUGCCCAAAUGAGCUCCCUAUUCCAGGCAAACCUGCGCGGCACCGAAGUUGGCAAGGACAGCCCUCUUGAGAUUGCCCUCGGUUCGCGAGUCACCCUCAAGAACAUGGGAUAUGGUGGUGGUCUCUUGCAUUCGCACGUUCAGACCUAUCCUGAGGGAUCGAACCAGCAGCAGGUCACCUGUUACCACCAUAAGGAUGCGAACAACGACUGGUUCAUCUACCCAGGCCGAGGCGAGCCGGAGUAUGAUGCCGAGGCUGAUCUGAGAUUCAUUGGCGACGGUGAUACCAUCCGCCUCAUUCAUGGACAGACUGGUCGAAACCUGCAUUCCCACGCCAUCCCAGCUCCGGUCUCAAAGUCCCACCAUGAGGUCUCUUGCUACGGAAAUAUUACUAUCGGAGAUGAGAAGGAUCAUUGGAAGAUUGAAGUGGUGGAUGAUGCUGCGUCUCGCGACCACUCUAAGAUCCGGACAUUGACGACUGCAUUCCGCCUCCGCCAUCCAGUGUUAGGCUGCUACCUCCGGGCAGGCAAUGUCAACUUGCCGCAAUGGGGUUUCAAGCAAAUUGAAACUACCUGUGUGAAGGAAAACAAGCCUGGCGAUGUCUACACCCAUUGGAAUGUCGAAUCGCACAACAAUGAGCGCCUUCCCCCUGGUGACCCGGGCUCUUACAAAUCGCCCUUCUUGAAGGACUUCAUCCACCUAAAUGUGGCCAUGAUGACCUCGAACAACGCCUUGGUUCCUGACCCAGAUAAGCAGGAUGACUUGGCUUCCCAAUUCUGGCAAUGGCCCAUUUUGAACGUUGGUUUGCGGAUGUGCUCUUGGGAUGAUAGUGUCGUGAAGUACUAUCUCCUCGGUAAUCCCAUUGUCUACUGGGGUAGCACUGCCAGUCUUGGUGCCUUUGGCCUUCUGUUUGCUUGGUAUCUUUUGCGCUGGCAGAGAGGAUACCAGGACCUGAGCCAGGCGGAGAUGGACCACAUCCAUUAUUCAGGUAUUUACCCACUCAUUGGCUGGGUCUUGCACUACCUGCCCUUCAUCAUCAUGGCCCGAGUGACAUAUGUUCACCAUUACUACCCGGCGCUUUACUUUGCCAUCAUCACCUUCGGCUUCUGCGUGGAUUGGGUGACUCGAUCGUUGAAUACGAAGGUGUCUGCCGUGAUCUAUGCUAUCCUCUAUAUGCUCAUUAUUGGGCUGUUCAUUCAUUUCCGCGCCAUUGUCUUUGGAAUGGAGGGAUCUAACCAGCAGUGGAUCCACCUACGUUGGUUGCCCGGAUGGAAGAUCUCGAAUUAA